AUGAAAACGGUCAAUUUCCUAGCAAUCAAAAUCAACGACGGAAGCCUAGACCAAAUAAUUUUGAUGAAGACUGAACUUCAGGUAAUGACUUACAUACGUGCUUAUCCACGUUCAUCAAUAAGACAUGUAUCUCGAGAACUCGGUAUAUUAGUUGGUGCAGUAUAUAAAAUUUAGAAAAAAAACAAAAUGCAUCCGUAGAAAGCUGAUUUUGUAACACAUUUACGAAUCGGAGAUUAUGAACGUAGAUUACAAUUUGUGGCAUGGUUUAAUGUUCAAUUUGAAAUCAAAAAUAUAUUUUAUAAUCGUAUUUUAUGGACCGAUGACUCUAAAUUUACAAACAAUGCUAUAAUGAACAGACAAAACAAUAGAUUUUGGCACGAUACAAAUCCACAUUGGUCUCAAGAAACUAACUUAAGUUGCAGACAGUCUGGGGCAUAA